AUGGAGGAGACGUCGGGGAUGGAGAAGUCGUUGGGGAGGAAGGAGGGCCACCAGGGGUUGAGGAGCUACCAGGGAGGGAGGUCACCGGGGAUGGAGGAGAUGCUAGUGAUGGAGGAGCCGUUGGGUAGGGAGUUUGUCGGGAGGGAGUUCACCGGGAGGGCCAUCGGGGAGGGAGGAGGGCCGUCGGGGAGCGCGGGGGGCCGCCGGGGAGGGAGUUCACCUGGAGGGCCGUCGAGGAGCGCAGAGGACCAACAGGGUGGAGGGCCGUCUGUGGAGGAGUCAUCAGGUAGGAGGGCCGGCCGGGGAGGAGGAGAUGAUGCAGCUAGGGUUGUAAGGAAGGAACAUGGUGCGGCGCGGGGAGGAGACGAAAUGAUGGCUUUUUACUCCUAG